UGCAAACUGGCAGCAAUAGAAUUGUCUAAAAUUAGUGUGCAUUUUUGACCAGCUUGUGUGAUGAGAUGUAGCUAGUUGUUAUACGUUUUCAUAUGCACAUUUUCUGCCGCUUUCAAAGGAAUAUUCCUCAACUGGAAGAGAGAUGUUAUGGCCUCGGAGAACUUACUGAAUGGAGACCAGAGCUUUGAUGGGGAACAAUCUGAAUCUAAUCUUCUGAGGAGCCAGGGUGAGAACCAUGAAAGCAGCAGGCCAUCAACUCAGACCAGGCCGAUGAGAGAGGACAGAAGGGGAUACAUAGCACCAGCUCUCUCAAGGGACUCUGGAGUUAGUUCCAUAGACCAUCACCAGGUGCCGGAAAGCAAUGAAAUGUGGAGCAGCUAUGGACCAGAGGAUUCUACUGAAGAAACCAUGGACACAAGUACAUUUUCUGAGGAAGAGCUUCUUGAUAUAACAUUUGAGGCAUGCAAUACCACUGGCACAGGAGAGGUUCUGGUCUCCACGAUCAUGCAGUACCUGCAGACGAUGACUAGCCAGAGCCCAGAACAGGACAGGCUGAAUGCUUUGAAUCGUAUGCUGGACCCUGAGUGCCGGGACCCCGCUAUUAGCAGGGCCAAAUUCCAAUCCACCAUGAUGGAGUGGAUUGCCCAGUGCAGCCAGGAUGGCAUGCAUGAGGACGACAAACAUAUUUCAGGGGAAAACCCUUGUAAAGUGUCUAUAAAUGGGAUGGAUUUCUCAGGUCCUGAAACUGCCUUCUCAGAGAGAGAACAGUGUUAUUGUGACUCCAGGGAGUUGCUGGCCACUGUGUCUGAGUUGAAGCAUGCGCACCGCAGAAUGAGUAAGCAGAACAACAGCCUGUUGAGGACUGUAUCUCAGGGUGAGGACACCAACCUGCAGCUCACAGUGGAGAUCACUGAACUAAGUGCCAAGCUGGCCAGUGCCCAGCGGUCAGCAAGGAGAACCAGGUCGAUUGUAGAGGAGCUGGAGGAGGCCAGGAGAGCCCUGAGGGAGGCAAAGGAGAGAGCCAGCCAAGCCCAGGCUAGCAGCUGCAAACUGAGCAAAGAAUGUGACUGUCUGAAAGCACACAUUAAAGUGCUUGAAGACAAGAAUGAACAACUCACACUCGAGGGGACUUGUUCUGAAGAUUGUCUCAAGAAAUUGAGGAAGGUUAAUGCUGAGAUGAGGGAGGAACUUGAAGAGACCCUUGUCAUGCUGACUGUAAGAGACAGGGAACUCAUUAAGAAAGACAUACUGAUGGAUAAGCUGAAGAACUCUCAUCUGGAGAACCACAGAAUCAUUGAGGGGCUACAGUCAGAGUUUAUGCAUUUAUCAGAGCAUUCCCAGCAAGCUCUUUUGAGGUUUGACAUGUACUGUAGCAGUCCACCAGGUUUCCAGGGAAGGAGUGGAGGUGUUCCUAACCAUCGCUCUCUGCAUGCUGAGAUCCAGGACAUUCAGCAGCAACGUGGGGUUCUGGAGGAGAUGACUGGUCCAGUAUGUGGGGUUCGGACCUCUCACACUCAGAGGGACGAUAUCCAAAACAUAAUUCACAGGAUCAAGUCUGCUGAGCUGGCACACCUUGUCCACGCACACUACCCAGAGAGAGAUUCUGUUGGCGGUUGUGCUGUUGAGACCCUGGAGAGGCCAUAUCCCCACAGCCAGCAGUCACAGCCUAGCAUCAAGCAGCAGCUGGUUAAUGUACUGAAGGAACUGGAGCUGCAGACGAAUCUGUGGGAGGAGAGAGAGGAGAAGGUGGCCGAACAGCAGAGGCUACGGGAGCAGCAGAAGCAGAAGCCCCAGGCCAAGAAGGCAGCUGUGGUGAACUGGUGGAGAACCCUUAAGGUGGAGGGGAGUAGGACCAAGGCCAAGCCGGAAGACACCCUGACCCAGCCCAGCCAGGUCCUCACUGAGACAGAGUCCAAGCUUCAACAGGCAGAGCACCCCAUCACAAAGAUUAGGGAACAGGUAUGCAACCUUGAGGCGGCUCUGAGAACUGCCCAGGAGGGCGUAGCUGAGCACAAAAACAUUCAGGACAGGGUGGGAGUUCUUCACAAGGACAAGGAGACCAACACGGUGAGAGAGGGACCUGGCUGGACUGGGGAGGAGGCAUCAAAGGAGUGUAAGGACGUGGCUGUGGCUACAGACCCUGUGGAGCACCCAGGUAGAUCAGAGAAGGUAGCAGGCCAGUUUGUGACCUCAGAGGGUCUGCUGGUGACCCUCAGGAGGAUGGAGGCCAUGGUCAGCAGUGCCCUGGAGGCAGCUGAGCUGGUUAGGGAGAGUCAGCGAAGGGUCAGCCAGGUCAAGGAGAGGAUGGAGAGCAUCACUCAGAAGAUGGAGGAAGCUCUGACCAGAGCAGCGGACACAGAGGGUCAGCUCAGUUCCCUGGAGGCCAGGGUCACAGCCAAACCUCAGUUGCCAGGUCCUGUAGGGCAUACAGCCCAGCCUGAUGUUGAAGCUAUAGGCAGAGACCGAUCCAGGAACCCCUCUCCUCCAGGUCCUGUAGGGCAGACAGCCCAGCCUGAUGUUGAAGCUAUAGGCAGAGACCGAUCCAGGAACCCCUCUCCUCCAGGUCCUGUAGGGCAGACAGCCCAGCCUGAUGUUGAAGCUAUAGGCAGAGACCGAUCCAGGAACCCCUCUCCACCAGAGCCUGUGCCCGAACGCUACAGCAAGUCUCGAUGGCCCCUUAUAAGCGGUGCCAUUUAUUCACGAACUGGAGGAGGCAGCAACAGUGGCAGCAAGAGCUGUGAUGAUUCAGAGCCACCCUGCACUGAGGUCAACAAACCAAGCCAAGUCCAAUGUACUGACUUUGUCCCAGACCAAAAGCACAACAGUACCAGCAGUGAUGGUCCUGCACCUGCAGUUUUAGGUUUCAUCCCAGUGUCAGAGACACAAACGCCCCCAGUGUCCCCAUCACAAGUCUUCCUCCAGGACGAGUGUGCACCUCCUCUUACCGUCCCACCGGAAACACCCCCUCAGUCUGCCUGUGUCAGUCACGCUGCCGCUCGCACUGAGGAGAAUGUAGCAGGUCUCAGAUCGGAGGAUCCCAGUUGCCGUGACUACUGUCAGUCAGAGGCCUGCGACUGUGGGAGUGGCCAAGCAUUGCCGCCUGGAGACUGUGGGAGAAGUCAGCCAUCAAACCCAGGAGACAGUGCUGGUAGUAAAGCCUCUGAACCAGAAGAUCGUGGGAGGAGCAACGCAUUACAACCAACAGAUAUUGGGUGUGAUCUUGAGCAUUGUGGGAGUUUCCAUUCUCGAGAUCUACCGACUGUUUUAAUAACAGGCUCAGAUAAGGAAGGAGGGGGCCACGAGUUGUACUGCUUUCCCUGGGUUCAGACUGAACAGCAGUUAGAGGAAUCCCCUACCCAACCCACUCCAGCUGAGAGCCCCUUUUUCUUCCCCCUGACACGACCCCGAGCCCCACAGCCCCCCGUUAUGCCCGUCCUCCCUGAAGAAGAGGAGGAUUCCCCUGAGGAGCUUGACAGUUCCUCCAGCUCACCCAGCACAUAUACACCAGUUGAAAGUAGAGCAGUUCCCGUGGCGAUGCCUGCUCCCACCAUUGUCUUCCCAAAGCAAGCGACCGUGACCGUGGUCCAAGCAGACGGUCGACCUCUGGAACAGACCAGACCACACAGUCCCAGACCUCGCUUGUCCCGAAACGCCCUGGGAGGACCAAUCACUACAGUCGACAGUACAGGCAAUGUGAUAGACCUGGUGAAAGACCAUCUGCCUGAGCUGCAGCUCUCAGAGGAGGACCGUCAGAAGAACCUGGUGCUGCUGCAGGAGGCCAAGAAAGUCAGCGACCGCUUCCUGAGCCGCAGGGGCCGAAAGUCCACCUGCAGCCUCUCUGAAUCCCCCACAGGUCUUUCUCCUAACCACACACCAUCCUCCUCACCUGUACCGUCCAGAAGCAGCUCUCUAAUCACAGCCCCUCAAAUAGCUGUCGCCACAGAGGUGAACUAUGCCCCUUCGUCGCCUGUCAGCCUGCGAUUGGAGGUUCUGUCUGCGAGGGAGCAGGCUGAUACCAGUACACCAGAGCAUGAGAGCACCAGGAGGCUGGUGGACUGGAAGCCCAAUGAGAAGCGUAAGGUGUCCUCAGGCACCCUGGCUCCCCGCUACUCUGUUCCCCCACCCCCCAGAGAGCCCAGUGGGGGCCAGAAGGAGAACUUUGACCCCCGGGUAACAGCUAAGAAUUGCCCAGCACCAGUACUAGUCAAUAAGCCAGAAGAGGGUCUGGCCCGAGCCCCCAACCAGGCCCCUGCCACUGGGGUGGCCAAGCCUGUCCCUCGGCCCCCCACUCAGCAGGCCCCCUGCACGGCAGAGAUCAAGACCAUCGGGGCCUUUCCUCCCCUAAUGAGAGCUGUGUCCUGGGACACUGUUGGAACUCUCAACGCCAGAAAUGGGGCGCCAAGUCUCCCCUCUACAAACGAGGAAACCUUCUCCUUUCAAGACAAGACCCGGGAUGCCCUGCUCAAGUCCUCUGGGUACAAGGACUUCCCUGUACAGCCUGUCAACGUGCAGAAGCUGUCCAAAAUAAGAGAGGAGCACAAGCUGAUGCGGAACCAAAGCAUUGUGGGGUCAAAGUUGGCAGACUUGAGUGAAACAGCUGAACAGGAAAGAGGUCCCUCUCUUCUGCCCCCUGCAGGGUCUCCUACUGAUGAGGAUGCUAAAGAGAAGUCAGACGCCAUGCCCAACAUCUCAGACAUCAUGCUGAGGAAACUCAAACUGCACAGAGGGCUACCAGGCUGUGCACCUCCACUCACCGAAAAAGAAGUUGAGAACGCGUUUGUUCAACUGUCGCUGGCGUUCCGGAACGACAACUACACUCUGGAGACACGGCUCAAACAGGCGGAGCGGGAGCGGACCCUGACCGAGGAGAACACGGAGAAGGAACUGGAAGAAUUCAAAGGCUCUCUGAAGUGCACGGCACCACAGUGGAGUAACAUGGAGCAGCGCGAGUCCUACCAGUGCCUCAUAGAGACAGUAGCAGUACUGCACCGUCUGGCCACCAGGCUCUCCAGCAGAGCUGAGAUGGUUGGAGCAGUCAGACAGGAGAAACGUAUGAACAAGGCCACAGAGGUGAUGAUGCAGUACGUGGAGAAUCUGAAGAGAACCUAUGAGAAGGACCAUGCUGAGCUGAUGGAGUUCAAGAAGCUGGCCAACCAGAACUCUAGUCGCUGCUAUGGAGGAUCCAUAGACACUGGAGAUGAUGGAGUCCCACGGCCAUCCAGGUCUAUGUCCCUGACCCUGGGAAAGGCUUUGCCCAGGCGGAGGGUCAGUGUUGCGGUAGUCCCAAAAUUUAACCUCCUAAACAUCCCUGGUCAGACCCCGGUCAUGGCAGGACCCGGCCCCAGCGUUGCCAUGGGACCCAGCCCCCAACCCACCAUGGGCCAAGCACUUCCUGUCCUGUGUGAAGCCAACAGUAUGAAGAGCAACUUUCCCACUGAACCUACACAUCCAGCUAUAGCUGAGAGUGGAAAGAGUGUAGCAGAGCAGGAAGCUGAGCCAUCUGCCCCAGCCAAGCCCCCCGUCAACCUAGAGGAGAUCAGAUCAGAGAUCAAGGCAAAGAUCGAGGAGGAGGCCUACAAUAAAGGCUACCAAGAGGGACUGAAGAGAAGUAAAGAAGUCACAGAGGUGGAGGAGGAGGAGGAGGAAGAGGAGGAAGAGGAGGAGGAGAAGGUAGAGGAAAAUCCAGAAAAGAAGGAUGAAGGAAAAGAAGUCAGCAGAAAAGAACAGUUCAGCAGUAAGGUUGAAGAGGUCCUAGUUGUCCUUGACCGGCUUUGCCCCAAGAUUUUCCGCCGUAACCGACUUCUCUGGAUUGUUUUGACGUUGUUCCUGGUCACGUUUCUGGUCGUCAGUGUUUUCACAUACUUUAGUGAUCGCUAUAACAACCAUGGGGACAUGUCGGCAGAAAAAGCCAUGGUCCAGGACAAGAAGAAGAUCUUUGGACUGAAUGUAGGAGUACAGCCAAAGAAUCCCACUCCAGAAUAACAAAGAGCCUGUCUCAUACUUCUCUCAGUCCAAAGACUCUUUUUUUCCCCAUGAUACAUCAAGAGUUGAACUUGAAUAUAGGGUUUUGAAGAUCUAGGGUUUGGGGGUGUAUCUUUGGGAGCAUUUAUUUCGUUUUUUAUUGGUUUCAGAGGAUAAGUCUUCUAAUGAUCAUAAACUUUAUCAAGGCAUAUUUAUGUUGUGUUGGGAAAGCUGCCUGACUGUUUCUGAUGUUGAUAUAUGAUUGUUGCUUAGGGGGCCAAGUAUAAUAGUGUGAUGAAAUAUGUUCUUAUCUACAGUGAGAUCUAGGAUUUUGUAUUUGAAAUGAAAUGACUAUUAUGUGAAAAUGCAGACUGUCAGCUUUAAUAUGAGGGCCUUUCCAUCCAUAUCAGGUGAACUGAAUGACACAAUGAACAGAAUGAACAGGGAGGGUAGCAUUUUGGAGGGGAACAAAUCAUUAUUCCCGAUUCAUUCAUAAUUAUCAUGGUAGCAUCCACAUGAAUUUCAAUAGGGUUUAGAAACAUGUUCUAUUCUUAUUUACAAUAAAUGUGACUCCAAAAUACACAAUAUAUUAUUUACCAUUCAUUUCUCUUUGGCACAAAAUAAUCUGACACACAAACUGCAAAUGCAUUCAACAAGUUUGUAUUCACAAGCUUGAUGUAAUCGUUGUGUGCUAUGAAUAUGGGACCAAAUACUACACAUAUACUACACUUAUGAAUAUGGGACCAAAUACUACACAUAUACUACACUUAUGAAUAUGGGACCAAAUACCCUCAAACUAAAGCUGACAGUUUGCACUUUAUAGUCUUUAUCAUUUCAAAUCCAAAGUGCUGAAGUACAGAGCCCCCAAAAAUAUAUAUUUGUCAUUGUCCAAAUACUUUUGGACCUCACUGUAUAUAUUCACAAUGUAUUGUUCUUAUUCCUUGUCCUACUCUGAAUGUCAUCCUGUAGGACUGAAUGUGGCCCCUUGGGCAAAAAUGGAUGAUUCAUGAUGAGUUCCCUAAGACAAAUGCCACAGUAAACAUUAGACUAACGUACAUUAAUCUACCACUCUGUUACUUUUAUGUUCAUUCUCUCAGGUCCAGUAAACGGACAUCCCCAGAAGAGAUUUACAGAGAUAUUUAAAGAGAUAUGUUUUUUAAUUCAACUUUUUUUUUGUGUAAAAUAUCUAUAUUUGUGGAAUUUAAGCAGAUACUUUUUUGGAAAAUCUAUAAUACAAGCACAUUCCAAAGUAGUUCCUCAAGUGCAAUAUUUAGCAGCUGAUGGUUCUUGUUUGUAUGUGUUGUUCCUGUGUUGGUUUGCGUCCUCCGAGCACUGAAAGAUUUCCUUCAUGUACGAGAGCACUUUUAGACAGCAUGAGAAAUGUUUUAUCUUCUUCGCACUUGUGUGCCAGGAUUUUCUGUUGUGUCAACUUCGCCCUGGAAAUAAAGGUGCCUUAACUCCCAGCA